GGGUUGUGUUGAAAACAUCGCACACUUACACCAGAACAGUGAGACUCGGCGAAGCUAAAGCCCGCUCUCUCUUGCUGCGUCCGUAAGCAUACAGUUAUCUCUAGCGAAGCCUUACGAGCGGUCCCCUCUCUAACUUCCAACCCGAGCGAAUAGGCGAGGGUUAGCCGUGUCUACAUACACACAUCCAACUUUAGCGUCAUAGGGUCUUUUUUUAUUGUGGCUGUUUGUCUAAAGGGAAGCCGCAGUGGUUCGGCGGCCGAUUAGUUGGAUAAGCAAAGGUUGAUCAUCUCCCCGUCGCCACAAAAAGCAAAGCCUCAAAAGUUCCACAAAAGUUCGAUUGUGAAUGGACUUUCCAUCUUUAGCCUCGAUUUGCUUCUUCUUCUGCACCUCUUUUGGAGGACAGCCGUCGCAGUUUGGCUUAUCUUAAACUUGUCAGCAUCGGAAAUAUUGGAUGCCAAGUUUGGGUUGGAGCUUAUUUGACUUCAAGGAUCGCCUAAUCAUGGUAUAUUGUUAUCAAUCCUCAGUAUUGUGAUAUUUUUUCAAGGGAUAAUUGAUUCUUGUUCGUGUCAUCACUCUUUUGAAAUACUUUUGGAAACCCAAGUAUACCGUCACCGAUCGAGUGGCGAGUGGAAACUUUUAAGGGUUCGCUUGUCUACGCUUUUAUAGGAGGGAUGUGGUGGUUGCUGGUACGCCCAUCAGGCGACAAGUAAAACUUGGUGGAUUACGACAGUGGUCAACCAAAGACAGGAGUGGCGUCGGCACUCCAGGAAUUAUAUAUACCCCCCUUCAUUUUAGCCUAAUCCCUCAUAAAACAUCCUUGUUUUGUGAUCUUUACGAUUAGGCAUUUGUGGAUAUUUCACUUACCGCACAAAACACAGAAUGAGGAGAACGGAUUUUUAAACGAAACGUCGUUAUUUAUUGUUCCUCGCUUCUUCAAUACGCAAGGACCCCCUUGGAUAUUAUACAUGUGAAUAUAUACGCAGGAAACAUAGAUAUACUUCGAAGGCAAGAUGAAGAUUUUUGUGUUUGGAAUUGUUUUAGUGGCGCUUCGCACUUCUUGUGCUCAAGGCAUUGGUGAUGGUGAAUGCCCAAGACUAUGUAAUUGCUAUGGAACCACCGUCAAUUGUCGAGAUAGGGGGCUUCAUGAGGUGCCCCGAGGAAUACCACCAGGAACAGAAAGAUUAUACCUCAGUGAAAACAAUAUUACGGUAAUACAAAGGAGAGAUUUUGAUGGUCUGCAGUCUCUUCGUACAUUACACCUUAUGAACAACUACAUUGUUCACAUCGAAAGAGGAGCAUUCACAGACUUGAUCACUGUGGAACGCAUGCGCCUGAACAACAACAAGCUCCAAAGUUUGCCGGAAUUAUCAUUUUCCAGAAUGGAGAAUCUCUACAAACUGUAAGUUGACUAUUCCAUUUUCAUUUUUUUCCAUUUCAGGCAACUUUAUUUUCUUUUA